CUUCGAGCUCCCCAUACAAUCCAUACAGCUGCAGCGACGGAAAACUGCAUGGCUCACUGGACUACCUCGGAUGGUGACACGAUCCCCCCUCUUUUUAUUUAUUUCCUUGCUCUAACCUGACCCCAACGUGGAGACCGUAUUCCUCUUAAACUGCUUUCCCGGUAUAAAAAGGAUGCAGGGAGCCCUAUUCCCCUCUCGGCUGCCUCUGUCUCUCCUUUCUCCGCUUCUCGUCUUUACUCCCGCAACCGAGCAACAGCCGCAUAGACAUCUCCGCAAGAACGAAUGACCGCCUCCAAGCAGACCCAGGCCCGUGGUGGUACCACCUCUCCACCAUCCUCCUUCUCCCUCCCUCGCCUGUCGCCCUUCCAAUGGUUCCUCCAUCUCUUACCAGCCAUCAUAUUUGCCUUCUACGUCUACUCCACUAAGGGUCCCUUCCAGUCUGUCGCCUGCCUAACUUUCAAUCGCAGCUGCAAUAACCUCUCCAACUUCCAUCUCGAGGGCAUUCUCGAUCGUUCAGAGUUCUAUGCACCCGUUAUUAGCUACUAUACCCGACUAUUCGCCACCCACGAGGACCUCGGCGGCUCCUUCGCAGUCUUUGUGGAAGGUGAGCCCGUCAUCGACCUCUUUGCGGGAACCAAAGAUCUGGAGGGCACCAUCCCAUAUGCAAACCAGACCCUCCAACAGGUCUAUUCCUCCGGCAAAGUCGUUGAGGGCAUCGUAAUCGCAAGACUUGUCCAAAAGGGAUUGUUGGACUACUCGAAAAGGGUUGCGGACUACUGGCCAGAGUUUGCACAGAACGGAAAGCAGGAUGUUCGCCUGGUUGAUGUGAUGGUCCACGAGUCUGGAGUCUUUCAUGUGGACGAUCCUGGCCGGAACUUCACCUGGGAGACCCUGGCCGAUCGUGAAGAAUUCUCGGAGAAGCUGGCUAAGCAGAAGCACUAUUUCGGAGGGCAGGUCGCGAGAGCCUAUCAUGCCGUGAGUCGAGGCUGGUAUCUGAACGAGAUUGUGCGCAGGGUCGACCCACAGGGACGGACGAUCGGUCAGAUCGCAAGGGAGGAGCUCAUGGGGGACUACACCGAUGUGGAGCUGCAUUACAGCUUGUUUGAGAACGAUCGUGAUUGGGAGGACCGACUGGCACCUAUGUUUGACUAUCCUGUUUUGCGGAUCAUCGGACGACUGUUGUUGCCACGGUCUGUUCAGACAAACAAAUGGAUCGGUUAUCCGGACUUGCCGCCAUUGCACCCAUUGGUAUGGCAGCUGAUUCAGAAGUGGAGCCUGUCUUCAAAGGCAUUGACACCUAGAAUGGCGCCCUUUGCCAGCAGUUUCAGGACAAAGAAGGCGCAUACCACCGAGAGUACCAGUUUUUCGCUCAAGACCAACGCCCAUUCACUGGCUAAACUCGUGUCCAUGAUGGCCAACAAAGGCGCAUCCAUCCAUCCUGGUCAGGAGCCCGAUCUGAUAUCUCCCGAGACCUAUGCUGAAGCGACCUCUUAUCACUCAACUCGACCCUGUGCAAUCACCUUUGAGUCUUUGCCCCUCUCUCGCGGAGGCUGGGUCAAAAGCCGCAACUUUUUCCGCGAUGGCCCUCUGACGGGCGUCGAAGUUCAGGGCUGGGGCGGCGCUGGAGGGUCGUUGGUUGUGUGGAUCGAAGAGCUCGGAAUCGGCUUCUCGUACGUGACGAACGCAUUCGGUGCGCCCAUGUCUAUUCUGGGCGAUUUCCGUGGCAAGACGCUGCUCGAAAAGGUGGUUGUCGCCAGGAAGAAAGAGCUGGGACUUCUGCCAGCUGACAAUAAAGCAUGAGAACACGUCCAGAAUGAAAUAAAAAAAGAGAAGAAAUGGUAAUGUUUAUGUACGAAAUGCUUUUUUGGGUUUUCAUUAAAAAGAUGCAUGUGUAGUGCGUGAGGGAUUGAGUGGAGCUGGUCGGGUUAUUCGUUUCUAUCUGCCGCAACGAUCCCCUUGCUUUAGUUCUCGGGAUCAGAGUUCCCUUUUUUUUUUUUUUUUUUUUUUUUUUUGGAUGGAUCUUCUUGUUUU